AUGCGUCGUCUCUCGUUAACUAUAAAGCAUGAUGUGAUGGAUGCAAAUCAUCAACUUUUCACCAAUCAAAUAUUUUCUAAAACAAACAAUUGUAAUUAUUUGAAUACUACGACAACGUCAUUUUCAUCGUUCGAAACAUAUUUUUCGAAUUCAUCUGAUCUCAUUGAUCAUGAUGAAGAACAUGAAGACGAUGAUAAUAAUGGUCCUGAUGCCAGUGACGGUAUUGAACAUUUAUUGAGCAGUAAAACAUGGUUAAUAGUUACUGCGGAGCCAAUAAUCAGUGCUCAUCAAACAUUUUAUAAUCAAAAUAAUGAUUCACGAAAGGCGCUCCAUUUGUACAACUAA